AUGGAACGCGACAAAGCUGUCAGGGACCUGUUCCCUGCACUUGUGGUGCAGUUGGAUCGAGAAACAAGCAACACACCAUCGAUUGAAUCGGAUGAUUCUGGCGCAAUUCGAUAUCAAAGCCCUACUCCGGGACCAGCCAACACGUUACAGGAUUCGGUUGCUCGCGCCGGGUUUGAUAUUAAUUCCACCACCACUCAAGACCAUAGCUCGAUUCAUUUUUCCCCUCAGCUAACCACUGACAGCAACGACUCUGACGGUGAUCCUGCCACACCUGUGCCUAAUCCACCUUCACUUCCGUCCGAUUCAGAGGGCAAGGCUUCAAAUUCUCCAUCUAAUUCUUCCCCGAAGCCCUCUCGGUGGAACACCCGUUCUCGUCGAAUAACUAGCGAAGUUCCGAGCACUCCUGUUAGAUCGACCCGAGUUCGAUUUGUUCCAGUUGGAGGGAAUUCUGAGGAUUACCUACCUACAUCGAGUCACACUGUUUCUUCUCGAGAUACCUCUCGUGCUUCUAUUUCAACUCUCGAUCGUCAGAACACUAAAACAGGCUCUACGGAUGCAGAUGAACGUGCUGCGGACGUAGCUCCCAUUGCCACUCCUAGGAUACGACUCGUUCUUAAAAAGAGGCCACGCGAGGACACCCCGGACUCGGACACCACUUCAAGCUCUACGAAUGCAGAUGAACGUACUGCAGAUGUGACUCCCAUUGCUACUCCUAAAAUACGACUUGUUUUCAACAAAAAGCCUCGUGAGGACUCCCCGGAUUCUAAUAUUCCUUCUCCUGCUCGUCAAAAGACUGCUACAGACUCUGUCAAUUCAAAGGAACGCUCCAAGGACGUGACUCCCACUGUCCCUCCUGUCAGGAUAAGACUGUUUUUUAAACAGAGACCUCGUCAGUCCACCCUGGACGCCAUUCCUUCAACUGAUCCAUCCGGACCCGUCAGCAGCGAGCAUCAUACGUCCUCUGCUAAACCCGGAAAUCAAUCAUCCAAAAUUGACUCUGAUCAGCUGAAAUUUGCUAAAAACACGCUUGUUGAGUCUUCUUUCAUCCCCGAGUCCAACAUGAAUCCUCCUAAACCUAGUGCUGGAAGCUCGUCCCACGAGUCUUCUUCUGACUACGAGGCAUCGACUAGUAUCAAUCCUACCUCGGAGCUCCCCGCUACCAGCGAAUCUCCCAAGCCUCGUUCAAGCUCUGACGAAGCUCCGUCUCACGACGCUGGUUACCCGUCUCCUACGCUGGAUUUCGUCCCUUCUACACCCCCGAACCCUGAAAUGGACCCUUCCAUGGAUCCUUCCAUGGAUCCUUCAAUGGACCCUUCAAUGGACCCUUAUAUGGAUCCUUACCAGCCAUAUUCUACUGCAGUUAUGCCAGGGUUCACCCCGUUCGAAGACCCAAAUGUCUUCCCAUCCACAUUCAUGUACCCCGAGGAGACUCCUGACUACAGCAACUUGACCAUUGACCCCCUGGGUAUCUACACCCCCGAGGAGUAUGCACGCAUCCUGGCGUCCGAGCAAGAGGUCCUGCGUGAGAUGGCUGACCCCCAUACCGAUACUCUGACGUACAUGUAUGCCCGGCAAGAAGAGCCACAUUACCGUACACUUGCUGAUAUAGGACGUGAUCUGGAUGAGAUUGAAGCUAUCAGUGCCACAAUGGACAUUCUACAGCCUGAGUAUUGGGCUGCUAUCGGCCGCGAUCAGCCUGGUCUACCUCAACCUGAUACAGUUGAGUCUGACCAACUCACUCAUGCUCAAGCCGCCUCUAGAACCUUGCAGUCAGUAGACCAAGCAGACACCGGCUCAUCCACAAAGCGUGCCCGACACAGUUCAUCCAAAACAGAGAGCUCAACUCCGGAGCCAUCAACCACGGUUUCGUCCAGAGCCUCAGCCUCGACCCAGCACCGCACUGCCUCAACCAAGAUCAAGACCGCGACUCCUCCAUCUACAUCAACACGCCACCGUUCCAAGAACCAGCCCGUGAAGCCCGCACCAGCCUCAGUAGCAUCUUACCGUCGUUCCAAGACCAAGGUGAAGACCGGGGUAGCUACUCCAGAGGCCCAGGCCGAUGUUUCCCCACGCCGUCUGCGCAGCUCCGAUGCCAUGCCAAUCUCCAGCACGAAGAAGAACCCCAAGGGCAACGUAACCCCAGAGUCAUGGGAGACAGCAUCUACCGCAGACAAGAUGAUGUCACAGAUGAGAGAGACGAAGUCGAUGUCGUGGACGGACAUCACCACUGCAUGGAACGACAAUCGAACUGACGCAGACGACGAGAUGACAUGGCGAGCGCUGAGCAAGCGAUGGGGACGAAUCAAGGAUAAAAUUGGUCUCUGGCCCGGUUUCAAUGAGGCUCUUCUGGAUACCUUGCAAGCGUUCGAUCCGGAUCUUGAUGACCAGGACUUUGCGCAGAUUGCCGAGGAGGUUUCGGCUGAGCUUGGCUGGGAGAUUUCCGGCGCGGCUUGCAAGGCUGGAUACAAGAUCCUAAAGGAGUCUGGUAAGGUCGAUUUGAAGGGCAAGGGGAAGGCUCGAAAGUAA